AUGGCAGACCCUUACUACUGGGACGACUGUACUUGGCUUGUGCGACACCAUCACAAUGCCGCGCCAGCGUCUCUCAACCUCUUGCUUCUCUCCAACGAACGUUACGGCGCCAUCAUACCCCCGGCCACCGUGGCUCAAACCCUUUUUGAGAUUGUCGUUGCUGAAUCCACCAACGCCGCCCUCCUCAAGGAAUGGUACAUCCUUGACCCCCUCACACAGCAGUACCGCCUCCACCGCCCCCAGUCCCGCUUCCCAAAAUUCCCUGCCGAUAAACGCCAGGCCGAACAGUGGGCUGCCAUCGCCACCAAGCUUGUCACUGCCUUCACUUCCGCACUGACCACUGCCAAUAUCAGUGCCGAUGAACGCCACCGCUUUGAUUGCUCCGGUUUGCACCGUUUUGCCCAUGACUCGGCACUGCAUGUGCCUGAAGGCAAGGCGGCUCCCAAGCUCAAAUGGAUCUCCCGACUCAUUGAAUGCGAGUCAGAGCCCUCAGCCAAACAACAGGCUGCCGUUCCCACUUGGUUUGACGCGUCUGGUCAGGUCGACGACCCCCUGCGUCGCGCCCGCCAGCUAGAUUACGAGCUGGAUCAAGGCACUCUCGCCGCCGAUAAAACUCGCUUCCACGUUGAGCUCUCGGGUGAAGACGCGGCCCAAGACGCGGCAGCCAUAGAGGAUUACCUGGGAGAUUGGUGCGCCCACGUCACCUCCCUCCUGACCGACGCUAUUGAGAACAUCGCCGCGGACAAGGAGAGCAUUGCACUGGCUGGUCAGCUGGAGUCACUUUUUUACAGCCGCAUGCCCUUGCAUUAUCAAGAUCACCAAGGCUUCGGCGAAAUGCUAGGUCGUUUGGAAACCUUCAUGACCUUCUCCCGCGAGACUGCCGAAUCCAUAGCCGACCAGGUUGCGUGGCAUCUCACCGCGCACCGCUUGUAUCUGUCUCGUUUAAAUGAUUGUCAGAUUCUGAUUGUCCACGGCAGCGAGGGAACGGGCAAGACCUCGCUCGUGGCACGCGCUCAACUGGCGCUGGAAACUGCAGGUCGGGGUGCCGUGCAGGUUGUGAGGUCCGCUGGUCAAGGCUUUCCCGCCCCUGUACACACCUUGCGGUCUUUGCUACGUUCGUUGAACGCGGAGAUUGCGGCCGGCUUCCGCCGAGAGGCUGCCGGUAUCACCGCCAAUCUGGAAAACGAUAUUGCCGACCAGGAACGCGUGAUUCGGGAGCUUGAGAUGCAGGUGGAAGCCGAAGGUGGCGACGAUGAAGCACAGGUUGACCCCGCCGAAUACGAACGUCUCGCCCUCCUCAAGCUUGAAAAGCGCCAAGUGACUUGCGUUCACGACAGCCUUCAAGAUCUCACGCGUGAACUCUACGAGCGCAUGUCCCUGGCAUCAAUUCGACGCCCCCUUCUCAUCAUUCUUGAUGGCUUGGACCAAGUGGACAAUCAACCGCUCGUCUCCCAGCUCAAGUGGCUGCCAGCUGAACUGCCCGAUUAUGUCAAGCUCGUCAUCACGUGUCGGCCGGGCGAGCUUUUCAAUGAGUUACGUGGGCAGUUCAUGCAUCCUGGCUGCUACCUCGAAGUACCUGAUACUCUUUCCACCGAGUUGGCCCAGGACCAGUACACAUCGCUACUGGCGUUCCACGGCCUCGCCUCGCCUGACGAGACAACUGCCAAAAAUCUGCACAACCUGGCUCGUCGACUCGCUUCGCCGGCUGCCUACCCCCUCUUGGUCCACCUUGCCCGCACCACCACUUGGCUCAAUGAAGCUGCGUGGUGGAAAGCCAACAGCAAGGCCACCUUGGUUGAUAUCGCUGUCCUCAUUCUUGAAAUGCUUGAGGCACGCUGCGGCAAACACCUCGCUGCCUACACCAUGGUCAUGCUUCAGACCCAGCCCCAGUUACCGGGCAUGACCAUCACCGACCUUUGUGAACAAUUGACGAUGCAAGAUCGCGUGUUGGAGGAGCAGGCGUCGCUGCAAGCUGGUUGCGCUGGCGUGGCCGCUGUCCCCGUGAUGAGCCUCCACCGCUUCAUCCGGCUUGCAGGCCCCUUGCUCUUGCAUUCGGGCUUGCCCUCCCAAUAUCGCCUCGCGCAUUCCUUUGUUGCUCAGGCCGUGCGUCAGCGCUACAACGUUGACGCCCAGAUGGCCGAGCAUGUUGUUCUAGGACGAGCACGCUGGCUUUGUACUGAGCACGACUCCCCCAAUCUGUCCAGCCUCGCGAAGCAGAGUCAUCUUCUGCUCACUUCCAUGCCCACCGAACGCCUUGUCACAGCACAAGUCCUGACCUUUGAAGACGAGCGGGCCCCUGUGCUUGAGAUCGAACGGAAUACUUCCGUCAUUUUCCUGCGUGGCCGCGCACUCGCUCAAGCGGGCCGUUGGCGCGAUGCCCUACACAAGUGCUACUGUGACCUCAAGUGGUUGGACGCCCGCAUCAAUUUGGCUCGACCCAUGAAUCUCGUUGAGGAACUGCAGGAUUUGUUUGCGCUUGAACCACCCGCCGUGGUGGUGGAGACCUUGCAGGAAAUCAUGGCCAUUUGCAAAGGUCUGGCGCCUGACCCCGAGGGAGAUGUCCACGUUCCUCACGUGGUGCUCCAGCAUGUGCGACCACUAACGGACGCCUUGUCUACGCUGCGCGCGCUGGCUGCCGAGAGUGUGGGGGCUGCUCCUGGCAGCUUAUGGCCCAUCGCCCCUGUGGAGCUCAUGCCCGAGCAGCUCUCGCCCAUGGUAUAUCACGCCAAGGAAUGGCAUGCCUGGUGGGCUGGCUAUGCCCAGCCCAACGUUACGACCAGCGGGACAGCCCCCAGCCUGGUCGCUACCUGGCUGCAGGCUGGCCGGCGAGAGGUGGUGCGGAUUUUUGAUGCCAAAUCGGGCAUGCGUGUGGGCCAGUUUGACCUGGACCCCAUUCCAAAACCGCCACACAUGCGCGAGGAGGACGACGAUGAGGACGCUGCCUUUGGCGUUGUGGGGCUGGCCUUGGGCGGCACCAUGCAGCUGGCCGUGGCGUGGUCGAAUGGCACCAUUCGCUUCUACAGCGUCCCCAACGGAGAAGAGGUUAUGGCACUGGACUUUGAGAUCCCUGUCGUUGAGAUGGCCAUGAGUGCGGAUGGCAGCACUUUAACGGCAUCGGAUGGCGAGACUGUGGGUAUCUGGAACCUGACGUCAGGCGAACAGGUGCUGGAAACCAAAGACUAUCCUGAUGUUAGCGCUCUUGCUGUCUCCGCGGACGGCGCUGUUGUGGCAGUGGGUCGCGGAGCUGGACUUGUGACCCUCCUCAACGCGCGCAGUGGCAAAAAGCUACAGGAACGCAAGGUACCUUCGUUGCCGGACAUUUUGGCCUUGGCCAUCUCAGCUGAUGGCCAGAAGAUUGUGGCUUCGAGCACGGCAUCAGUGGUUGUAGUUACUGAUCGUCAAGGCACGGAGCUGCAUAGCCACCGCCACCCAGGGCAAAUCGAUGCCGUCGCCAUUAAUAACGAGGGCACGCAUGUUGGCUCCGUGAGUGGUGGCGACGAAACCGACCAACGGGCCCGUGUCUUCGAGCUGUCGAGUGGUCGGCGCUUGGUUUUCCAGGGCCACACGGGUGACAUCAAUGCCAUCCAGUUUUGUGCUCCGCUUGGCCAGCCCGCUCUGUUAACCAGCGGACACGACGGCACCAUUCGAGUAUGGGAUCUGGAUGGCAGGCCCUCCGCGCACAAUCCGGCGCACGAGGACGGGGUUGAUCUGUUGAGCUCUGGGGCAGACUGCGUGCUGUCGGCGUCCGCCACGUGGCCUGAGAUUAAGUUUUGGAACGCGGACGGGCGCUGUAUCGUGACCAAUCAUUUGGAUGAGAAACUGACAACCACUGCAAGCGAGGGCAUCACCCGCGGCGGCGUGAUGAUGGGGCGCAAGGACGAUUUUGCGCUGGCAGCAGCUACGCACGGUCGCGUCUGCUCCUACGCAGGGCCGCCUUUGUUCCAGGAGUUGCAACACGACACGCUGGCUGGGGCGGCUUUUUUUAGUCACUUGGCUGUAUCUGGUCAACCUCUCGUGGCGGCUGCAACGACCGAGGGCCUGGUGCUGCUGCAACCCGACACGCUGAAGCAAGUGCGCAAGGUCCCGCUGAAUUUUGCGGGCCAGGUGGUGGCAGUGGCCUCCUUACCAACAGACAAAUUUGUCACCGUUGCCACCGAGGGCAAGAUGGUGACGUUUGACAUGGAGUCGGGGCAAGUCCUUAGCGCGUAUGACCGCGACGUGCGGGGCGAUACAGUCGUGGCCCUGGACAUGAUCUUGCGCUCAGGUGCACCCUGGAUUGUGUCUUACAGUGAGGGCAGCGAUAGCGUCAUCUUGCGCAAUGCACUCCGCACGGAGGACGAGGUUGGCCUGGACGGCGAACAUACGACAUCGGUGGCGUGUUCGCGCGACGGUCGACUGGCCGUUGUGGGCUCGGCACAAGGUGGUUUCGUGGCGUGGGACCUCGAGGCCGGGGCCGACGCGGGCUCCCAGCCCAACGCGCAUGACGGUGCGAUUGACUGCAUGUGUCUGACGGAGGAUUCCAGCAUCCUAGUGACGGCCAGCGACGACGGCUGUGUCAAGGCAUGGUCCGUGAGCAACGGCUACCAGCUGUUGAGCACUCAGGCUUUCAACUCGCCCGUGACUUGUUUGACCAUUCUGAAUGGCGCCGCCACGGUGGUGGCUGGUCUGCGCGCAGGACAGCUGGCUUUCCUGCGUCUGUCGCCAGCGCCGGCCGUUGGUGAGGGCAAGUGGGGGGCUGAAGAUGCACUUGCCACAGGCGCGCGAGUGCGCUUGCCGACCCUGCCGGCAGCCGCAGCGCCCUCAAUGCGCAAAAAGCGCUCAAGCUCGGAGUUGCCACCUGCCGGCAAGGCCAAAGAUAAGAGCGAGCGUCGCGAUUCCAGCAGCGCCGCAGCCUCGAAGAAGAAGAGCAUCACCGAUCCAGAGGAAGAGAAACACGUUUUUCGUUCUUUUUCCUCUCUCUCUCUCUCUCUCUCUCUCUCUCUCUCUCUCUCUCUCUCUCUCUCUCUCUCUCUCUCUCUCUCUCUCUCUCUCUCUCUCUCUCUCUCUCUCUCUCUCUCUCUCUCUCUCUUUUUUUUUUUUUUCCGAGCUGAGGACCUGCUGUCGGCAUACCUGCCUCUGCCCUCUGCCCUCUGCCCUCUGCCUCUGUCGUCGCUGAAGAAGACGCGGCGCGGCAAGCUGAAGAGACGAGACGAACAACCGCUCCUGUGCCGUCUGAUGCUUGCGCCUCGGGCUGGAUUUGCUUCAACGCUUGACACGUGGGGCUGUACUAUUAGGCGCAACCCCCUUUCGGCAUCGUAUCGCUUGAGCAGCACAAUGGGCGCCAAACGGGGCUUCGCCUCAAGCAAGGACCUGAAUAGCGCUGCUGUUCCGGUUGGCAAGCGCGUCAAGAAGACCAAGGCCGGAGUAGAGCAUCCUGCUGCCAUCCCAGAAAAUGCCCAAGUCCCUGCCGAGCUUGCCUUUGCCCGUGUUCUGGCAGCCAAUGAGCAGCGCACGCGCAUGAAAGCUCUCAAGAAAUUUACCGAAUGGCUCGUGGCCCGCCAAGCAGCUGGUGAAGAAUGCGAUGAUAUCAGUAAUCUCAAGCUUUGGGAGGGCCUAUUCUACUGCAUGUGGUUCUCUGACAAGCGCCCUGUCCAGCAAGAACUCGCUGAGAACAUUGCCAAAAUUACCCUGCAACUCAAAUCCAACCACGCCGCUCGCACUGAUCGUGCCCAUCCGCUCUACGUUCUAGCCUUGGCGUUUGUUCGAGGCUUUUUCACUGUCAUGCAACGAAAAUGGCAAGGCAUCGAUCACCUCCGACUGAACAAGUACUACGUUCUACUCACAGAAAUGUUCGUAGCUCUCAUCCAUUGGGCCAAGAUGGACGACUACAGCGACGAGGCUGUGCGGGCCGUGGUCGACUUGCUGCUGGAGUGCCCCAUGAACUUGACCCCCACCGCUGAGCGCCCUGCCGGUAUCGCCCAACAUCUUUGCGAGACCUUUUACCGUGCCCUGCGUCGCUUGCACACCCCCGCCGACCCGAUGCCGAUGAACGCUUUCAUGCCCCUGCUUGAAGUGUUCUUGGGAGCCCUGCAGUAUCAUCGCAGUGUCUCUGUGCUCAAGCGCGUGGCUGAGGCAGUGUUGCUGGAUAUGCCUUCAAUCCACCUCGAUGAAGACACGGGUGCUUUGGUGGCAGACCUUGAUCCCCAGGUCGUGUGCGACCGCCUCUUUGAGAUUGCAGCCGAGCCUGACACGUUCCAGCGCAACCGAGAGCAAAUUUACAAAUUUCGUUCGAGCUUCAAGUCGGUAUAUGCCGAGCAUGACAUUGAGCUGUGCGACCCCGAGAUUGUCCUGAGCGCUGACAAUGAAGAUGAGGCAGAAGAUGGUGAAGCACCUGAGCAAGAUGGUGAGGGCAUGAACGAUGAUGAGGAGGAGGACGAUGACAAUGACGAGGAUGACGAGGAUGACGAGGAUGAAGACGAUGAGGACGAUGAUGAGGAGGACGACGACGACGACGAGGAUGAAGAAGAAGCACAGGCGGCGAUUUUGGCUCAACUGAUUGCGCAGAAAAAGAAAGGUCAGAAUAAUCAGAAAGCUUCCAAGAAGGCCAGCCCUAAAGCCAGUCCAAAAGCCAGCCCAACAGCUAGCCCAAAAGCCAGCCCAAAAGCAACCAGCAAGUCUAGUCCAAAGGCGAGCUCCAGCGUGUCCGAGAAAAGCAGCACAGGUUCCAAAUCGGCCAGCCCCAAGGCCAACGCGCACGCCAAAUCAAACAAGAGCCCGUCCAGCAAGAGCCCGUCCACCAAACCUGAAGAGCCCUCCACCCCAUCACUGGCCUCGCCGGCUUUGAAAUCGUUGCUGCGAGCAACCAAAGCCAACACCAACAGGUCAAAGGGCACACCACGUAGCGAAACUCGCGUUCGCUUUAUGCGCCGUCAACGACUGGCGUAUGGUAUUCACGACUCUCCAGCCACCGUGGGUCGGCAAGCCCGUAAAAUUGGUCGCGUCAAACCCCACAAUCUCAUUCCCGCUGCGCGCCCUGUCACGCGAUGAAGCGCUACCGUGCUAUAUCAGCGGGAUUGUCAAUCAUGAGGAAAAUUUGCAUCUUCCUGUGCUCCCGAACGGAAGGCUGGAGAAUUGGAUUAGGUGUUUGUUCUGUCUGACCCGUGAGUCCAUGGUGACGUAAUUCAUGAAAGAUU